GCCAUUGCCAGGUUGCAAAUUUUUACAACAUUGCAAUGACAAUAGCAGCUGUCAAUCCCUAAAUCUCUCUAGUCAAAAAAAACUCGCACAAAAGUCGAUCUCUAAAGUCGGAAAGAAAACAUUACCUAGUUCAAAAUAAAGUAUUUUGGAAUCCUAGUGAAAAUGCUUUAACUCUUUAAGUUUUUCGUCCCUGUAGUUUACAAAAGUUAUUAAACUUAUACAAAAUGGUUUUAAUAAAAAACGGCGCUAGAACCUUAUUUCAAAAGCAUGGCUUAUACAGUUUUCAGGGUCAUUACGUAAAUAGAAUAUAUGAUGAAAUUAGAUGUCAAUGUCAUGGCACAGAGCUACAAAAAAGAAACAUAUUUAAUUUCCCUAAAAAAGAACGAGUUCGUGAAUAUCGGGGAAGGCAGCUGGUAGGCCAUACAAUGGAUCAAAUGUUUGAGGUAGUGUCAGAUGUUGAUAGUUACCAUAAAUUUCUUCCAUGGUGCAAGAAGUCCAUGGUAACACAGAGAAAUACACAAAACCUAAAGGCAGAUUUAGUCAUUGGAUUUCCCCCAAUAAAUGAGUCGUACACUUCAAAUGUAACGCUGCUCAAACCACAUUUAGUGAAAGCAGAAUGUAAGGAUGGCAAGCUCUUCCAUCACAUGUUAACCCUUUGGAGAUUUAGUCCUGGACUCAAAAGAGAACUACAGUCUUGUGUAAUUGAUUUCCAAAUUAGUUUUGAAUUCCGUUCCGCCUUCCACUCACACCUAUCGAAUUUAUUCUUUGACCAAGUUGCUCGACAGAUGGAGAAUGCUUUUAUACAAGAAGUUGGUAGACGGUAUGGACCAGCUUCCAUACAACCAGUAAAUUUACUACUGAAUUCAAGUGCUUACAGAACUUGAUGACAUUUCGCCACAAAGACCAUAGCCAAAUUGUAUUACUAUAGUGUAAACAUAUUUAUUGUGAUUAUGUGUUUUGAAUUUGUGAUUGUGAUUAAAUUGUGACAUUUAUGAAUGUUUUUACCAUGAAGCUAUGCUUCAGUUAUUGUUACUAUAAAAGAAAUAAACAUAUUAUUUAUUUAAAAAUA